AUGAUUGUGCCCGCCGGAGAAGCAGGACAUGGACAAGAACAACAAUCCGGUGCUUCUUUUACCUGGACCGACUGGGAGGACUUGAGCUCUCACGUUCAGGACUUGGAGCUGCAGGAAGUGCAGCAGGAACUGAACAUCAUCGCCCGGGAGAUGGAUCAGGAAAUGAACAUCAUCGCCUGCGAGAUGGGAUAG